AUGGACGCAGUUCCUCACCAAUCAUCGGAAGCCCCUCUCCCUGUCAUCUCCGCCGCUUCGAUUCCGGCGUUGCCUCCGCCGCCCCCGAAGCGAAAUCGCCGCCCCAGCGUCCGUUUGGGCGACAUCGGAGACCAACCCGCCGCUCUCUCUUACGACUCCCAUGUCCGACGGACGAAGCCGCAGAACUUCCCUCCAUGGAGAAACCACAAGGAUCCUUCGUCUUCCAAGUCAUCCGUCAAGGCCCGUUCGAUCACCAAUCUCGUCAACGGCAACAGAUUCGAUCACCCCCACGCACGGGAGCCGCCAGAGGAGAGGAACAAUCAGAACGACAAUGGACGCGACGGCCUCGAUUUCGGGUACAGGAAAGCCAAGGCGAGGAGAGGGACCACGAGGCAGGUGAGAUCCAAUUGGGUCUCGUCGUCGGCCAAACCCGACAACGAAGGAUCUAACAGUCGGGAAGAAGGAGAAGAUGGCUUUAGGAAUUUCGAUCCCGACUAUGACAGCCCUGUUCAGUCCCUCAACAACGAGCCUCUCGAUGUCUGGAACGGACAACGGAGAUCGAAUCCUGAUCUGGGUCGGGCUAGGGUUUCGAACAACGAACUGGAUUACAAUCCGAGGGAAUCGGAUUCGAGAGGCAAUAAUAACGAGGGAGUGAUGUCUUGGUUGAUCGAGUUAGGGUUGAGCAGAUACGCCCCGGUUUUCGAGAUUCAUGAGGUCGACGAUGAGGUUCUUCCGAUGCUGACAUUGGAGGACCUUAAAGAUAUGGGGAUAUCAGCAGUUGGGUCAAGGCGGAAACUUUACGCCGCCAUUGAAAAGCUCCGACGAGGGUUAUCGUAAGUUUUCCUCCCCCUCUUGCGUCACUGUCAUCGUUGUCUCCGACAUGGGUGUCUGUUACUUAGCUCUGUUCUUAUCUCCGGGAACUAAUGAGAACCAAAGAUUGAUGGCCGAGUUUUGCUUGUAUAAAUGCCUUGUCUGAGACGAUAGGUUCUCUGAUCACUCCUUUUCCUUUCGGCUUAUAACGUUUCUGACUGUACAAUCGUACCUGCAAACCACUGGAUAUAUAUAUAUAUAUGUGGUAAUGCUUCAAUCA